AGAAUAUGAGUGGUGUUUUUUUUUUUUUUUUCUUCUGGUUUGAGAGGACACAUGAUUUAAAGAAACGUGGACCACGAAAAAUGAAAGACGCCAUGGAUGUCGAAAACAAAACAAAGCAUGAUCAAAAUUAAAUUAGUUCAAUUAGAGGAAUAGAACGAAGAAGCGGAAGAAGAAUAAAAAGAAAUGGCGCUUCUUUGCGACCUUUGCUCGAACACUCGACUUCUCUCCAUCAGACCCUCGUCGAUUUUCCAAACCGGAAGCCCUCGGAACCCGUCAGCGACAACGGUGUCGGCGGCGGAGAGAGGCAACGCAUCUCCUCCGAGGAGCCGGUCGGCUUUUGAGACUCGCAUCUCCCUCGUCAUGGCCCUAGCCUCCCAGGCCUUUUCCGUCUCUCAACGAGUCUUGGAGGAUUUGGCGAAGGAAACCGCGAAGUACGCCUUCCCGCGGAGAUUUGAAGCUCGGAAUCUGGAAGAGGCCCUGAUGUCAGUUCCGGAUCUUGAAACGGUCAAGUUUAGGGUUUUGAAACGGACAGAGCAAUACGAGAUCAGAGAAGUGGAGCCUUAUUUUAUCGCGAAGACCACAAUGCCUGGGAAAACCGGGUUUGAUUUCAAUGGCUCCUCUCAGGCUUUUAAUGUCCUGGCUUCCUACCUAUUUGGUAAGAAUACUGCAGGUGAACAAAUGGAAAUGACAACUCCUGUAUUCACUCGAAAGGUUCAAUCUGGUGGAGAGAACAUGGAUAUGACAACCCCUGUGAUAACUAAGCAGUCAGGUGAUCAGGGUAAGUGGCAGAUGUCAUUUGUGAUGCCUUCGAAGUAUGGUGCCAACUUGCCAUUACCAAAAGAUCCAUCUAUUGCUAUCAAGGAGGUGCCUUCGAAAAUUGUGGCAGUCAUGGCCUUUUCAGGCUUUGUUACAGAUGAAGAUGUUAAACAUCGAGAAUCCAAAUUACGUGAAGCUCUGAGAAGCGAUACUCAAUUCCAAGUGAAAGAGGAUGCGUUGGUAGAAGUUGCACAGUUUAACCCCCCGUUUACACUCCCUUUUACACGCCGCAAUGAGAUAACACUGGAAGUUGAAGAUAAGACCAAAUAGAGCUCUACGACAUACGCAAAUACCCAGUUCUUCAUAUGUCGGGUUUGGAGUGAUGUCAGGAUGCACCAGAUGUGCCUAAAUCUAUAGCAAGAAGCAAUUGCGUACAGCUGUCAUCUGAUUGUAUACAAUUAAAUAUACUGUUAUAUCUUGCUGUAAAUGGCUGUAGUUCAAAUUAUUCAAAGCAUAUUGCAUAACAACAAUUAAUUGUAGAGAAAAGGUUAUUAUUGAUGCCUUUCCAAUGUUAUUAUACCCUAUACUUUCAUCCAUAUUUCCACAAUGGCUUGCUUUGGCAUUUAUUCUAUCC